GGAUAAAAGUCAUACUUUUAAAGGGUAGAAGACAAGGUGAGUUAGCUGAAUAUAAACAGAUGUUGGUGAUUGAAUGAUGGAGCUGUCAACCUCGUCCCCAGGACCUCUUUUCCCUUUUUUGAUAUUGGGGAUGGCGCGAAGAAGAAGGCCCUGGACCCGGCCGCUUUCUACACCCAGAAAUCUUGGGUGUAGACUGCAGCGUCAGCACUUUUGCUAAAUGUCGACAGUUCUUUAUAUGGAUAUGUGACAUCCAUAUAUGGAGUAAAACUAAGAAUUUAAAAUUAUUUCAAAAAGUGAACGGCGAGUUAAAGUGUUAAAAUGGUUCCGUUUUUCAAAAUGGACAAGAUAUUGCAAUUAUUUUGUAGAUUGCAACAAACUUUUUUAAUUAAUAACAUAAAUAAUAUUAUCUUAAAGCCACAGCAAGUUAAAUGUUUCGAGCAUCUUUUAAAUGGAUAUGAUGUUAUUGGUGUUUUACCUACUGGAUUUGGGAAAUCCUUGUUGUUUCAUUUGUUGGCAGACUUUUUGCCAAGAAAGAGUGUCCAAAAUAUAGUAUUGGUGGUGUGCCCUCUUAAUUCUAUCAUAGAGGACCAGUUGAAAGUUUUAGAAGUGAGAGGUAUUGGUGCUGGGGUGCUUCAUUUGGAGCAAACAGUUGUGCCUGAAAAAUUGUUUUCGUGUGAUGAGAAUGGUGAGUCUGAAAUACCAAUUUCAAUUAAAAAUGGCGAAUUAAAACUCGUAUUUGCUUACCCAGAAUCUCUGCUUAGUGUCAGAGAACGAGAAUUGCUAAAAAGUUCUGUUUACCAACAAAAUGUUGUCCGUUGUGUUAUAGAUGAAGCACAUUGUGUAAGCAUGUGGUAAGUAAAAACACUCCAGUGAAUCAUUUUUUUGUGUUUUUUUUUAAAAAAAGACAGGGCUGGCGAACACUUUUAUGCUAGAAACGAAUUUUAAAAUGUUUGUUAUGCGACAAUGUAAAACUUUAUUUUGGAUGUUGUCUCCACUUCACGAAUCAAUUCGCCUACCCUGACUUUGUCAAUGGUGAACUCAAGCUUCCAGUGUGUAUUUUUAAUUAUUAUAAACAAAAUAUUUUUUCUCUCUUUACUUAACCCCUUUCCGCAUAGCGUAUCAUAUAUGAUACAGUCUGUGUUUUGUUUAUCUCUGGUCACACUAUCUAAUUUUAAGCUAAAUAAACUUGAUAUACGGGUUCUCUGGAUAGUUCUUAGUAAGUUAAACCAAGGUUUAUAUAAAAUUUCAUAAUUCCCGUUUCUGAAUACUUUCAUAUGUUUACAAGA